UCAUGCGGCGUAAGGACCAAGGACGGAAACGCUUAUGGCGGUUGCUGUGUGUUUCCUUUUAAAUACAAUGGCGUGAUGCACUAUACGUGCACCUAUCUGGACCACAAUAUGCCAUGGUGUUCAAUCACAAUGAAUUAUGACCGGGAUGGAGUCUGGGGAGAAUGUAUAGAUAACGGUGAUUCAGAAAAGACAUUAAGAUUCAAACAUCACAGAGGGAAAGCAAAGCACAAAAUUCAUCACCAAGACAACACAGAUGCUCUGGUGUCCAACAUAGCAAACAAAGUGGCAAACGGUCUUGCGAACGAAACGGCCCAGCCGACAACAAACAUUACCAGCCUCAUUCCAACAGCACCGGAGCCAAGUGUGCAGUAUGGUAACGCUACAGAACUGUUACCGGCACCUACAGCAUCAGCGACAACACCAAACGCUGCUUCCAGUGUCCAGCCUUCAGCAACCGAAGUCGUACCAGUUGCAUCGUCACCAUCAUCAAACGCUAGUGCAGGUGUCAGUUCCCAAGCUGUUCAACCAUCACCCGCAACGUCACCUCAACCACAAGCAACCAGUUCAGGAGGAAUUCCCUAUGCCAAUGCAACGGGAUUAGUCCCUGCAGCAACUUCAAUACCAUCUCCGUCUCCGAGUGCUGGAGUCCCUGUGGUGCCUAUUGCUUCUGUUGUUCCAUCAGCCAGCGGUCAGACUACCCCAAUGUUAGAGACGUCAGUAGCUGUAGCACCAACUUCUCAGCCGACAGCUACCCAGCCAGCUCCUCAGCCAGGACAGUCUGUAGUGUCAGGACAAGGAGCUGUACCGACUCCAUCCCUUGUAGCAACAGUCACCGGUGGCACCAUACCCUUAUCACCUGCACCGGUACCACUGGUAACCCAGGAACUGGUACCACAGCCAACCCAACAACCGGCUCCACAGCCGACCCAGCAACCGGCUCCAGAGCCGGCCCCUGCACCAAGUCCACCAGCUGUGGAAGGCGGAAUUCCCGGGUACCCUUUUCCGAUAUCUCAGACAACUCUUAACCCAGGGCAGACUCAGGCUCCAGGUCCGCAACCCGGUCAAGCUGUUCAUGAACUGACGACAACAGAGAUGAAUGUCAACCACAAUAUUACUACUACAGAGUACUGGUUUGGCAAGGCUAACGAGACUCUAAAUAGAACCAAUGGUAAUGUAAAAAUAAUAAAUAAUAAAUUACAACAUUAGAGAGGAAGCAACAUC